AUGGUCUUCAACAUUCUGGUCUUGUCAGUUGGCGCCAUUGCCGUGGCCUGUCUGCCAACAGGUGACGCCCAGGCUCCUGUAUGUUCUUCUGGGGCAACAAUGGUGCCCCACCCUACCAUUUGCCAGAGGUUCACCAACUGCUCCAUCCCCCCAUCUGUCCGUCUCUCCCCGUUCCUACAAGUUCAGGAGGAUGAGUGCCUGUACCCUCAGCUCUUCGAUGUUCACAAGUUGGCGUGUGCAAACUUUAAAGAAGCAGAGUGUGGGCCCAACCGGGUGGCCUCUAAAGAUCCAUGUGCCUACGUGAAGAACUUGUGCGGCUCCUCCCAUUGUGAGCCAUGUUCCAGUCGGUUGCCGUCUUGUGUUGGACUCUCUGACGGCAAUCAUGCUCACCCCAGCAGACAGUGGAGUCCCUACUACAUUGUCUGUGACACCGAGAGGACCAUAAAUAUCACCAGGUGCCCGACACAUGCCCCCACAGGCACUUCUGGCAUCUUCUCUCCCACCACCGAUAGUUGUGUGUCUGUGUGGGAGGUGCCCCAGGAACAAGGAGGCCUGCAGCCAUCAUGCCAGGGAAAGGUCCCUGGGCUGUACCGAGUCACCGACAAGCCGGACGUCUAUUACUCAUGUCCUGGACCUCAGGUGUUCUACUGUGGCCAGAACCUGCAGUUCAACGAGACCACGAAACGUUGCCAGGCGCCCUAG